AUCAUUUUGGUAAAAUAAAAAUUUACAUCAUCAUUUUAUUUCGUUCAUUUCGUUUAUUGUGUUCAACAAAUUUGAAGAAAAAAAAUAAUAAUAAUAUCGAAAAUGCCAUUCACAAGUUUAACUGGUUAUGAUAAAAUUUUCUAUGAUGUACAAGGACAUGGUGAUUGUGUGUUUCUUAUGUUGCCUGGAUCGAUUGGAUCCACUAGACAAGAAUAUGGCCAACAAUUUGAUUAUUUUGAUCCGGAAAAAUUUACAUUAGUAUCAUGGGAUGCACCAGGUUUUGGUCAAAGUCGACCACCUGAACGUGAUUAUAAUGAUUGUUAUAAUCGUGAUGCUAAAUUAUUAAUCGAAUUAAUGGAUCAAUUAAAAUUAGAUAAAUUUAGUGUUUUAGGAUUUAGUGAUGGAAGUCGUACGGCUAUUACUAUUUCAAGCCAAUAUCCGGAUCGUGUACAUAAAUUAGUAUUAUUGGGUGCAACAACAUUUAACAGUCCAAAAGAAUUAAAAGUAUUCGAUCUUUGUCGUGAUGUUACCGGUUGGUCAGAUCAACGACGUGGAAUGUUUGAAAAAGUUUAUGGUCAAGAUUUACAAAAAAUGUGGGCCGGUUGGGUUGAUAUGAAUAAAGCAUUGGGUGAUUUUAUGACACCAUCAUUGGCUAAAAUUCAAUGUCCAGUAUUAUUAUUGUAUGGUGAAAAUGAUAUUAUUGCACCAAUUGAUCCACAUGCUGCACAUUUACGAAAAAAUCUUCAACGUUCACGUAUACAUAUUUUUCCGAAAACAUCACAUCAAGCACAUCAAGAACGUACAAGAGAAUUUAAUAAAAUUGUUGAAAAAUUUAUUAGCACUUAAACUAUGUAUCAACGACACUAACAAUUUAAAAACAUAGAUUUUUUU